ACAGCACUAACUAAACUCAUUGAAUCAGAACAGCACUUGUCCAUCUCAAAGAGGAAAAAUUAUUUUUUGCUAUCCACCCCAGCUGGAAUUUAGACCAGACUUACAGGCUUUCUGCUCCUUCCUUCAGUGAAGAAGAGUCUCCAGGGUCCCUCUAGUGCAGGUCAAAGAAGUCCAGAAGUCUGAGUUCAGCUCCCUAGGGUCUCCCCAGCCAGUCUCCUGGGCCAAGAGCUGGCUUUGCAAGGUUGGUGUGCUCAACUGUAAGUCUACAGCCUGCCUCCAUAUCCCAAUCUGUAACCAGCAGGUCUGUCAGCGUGGAUGGGUGUGGAGCUCCAUGGGUGCAAGAUGAUAAUUCCAUUCCGCGUUCCUGUGCUUUGGAGUUUGCAUGAAAACAUCCUACUAAAGCCCUGGGAAAAGAGACAAACGGUGAAGAGGAGAAUGAAAGAUUUCAGGAGGGAGCUCCUGUUUUAGCCCUGCCACCUACCUGGGGGCCCUCUGGCUACCAGUGUCCUUGGAGGGGCCUCCUUGCUGCUUCUCCCACUAAGGAGCUCUGGAGCCUUAGGACCAUGGACACUCUCAACAGGAACCAAAUAGGCCCUGGAUGCAAGACCCAGACCAUGGUGCAGAAAGGACCCUUGGACCUGAUCGAGACAGGCAAAGGGCUGAAAGUGCAAACGGACAAACCCCACCUGGUGAGCCUGGGCAGUGGGCGACUCAGCACAGCCAUCACCCUCCUGCCGCUGGAGGAAGGGAGGACGGUGAUUGGCUCUGCAGCCAGAGACAUCUCACUACAGGGCCCAGGCCUGGCUCCAGAGCACUGCUACAUCGAGAACCUGCGGGGCACCCUCACCCUCUACCCCUGUGGCAAUGCCUGCACUAUUGAUGGUCUCCCUGUCCGGCAGCCUACCCGGCUCACUCAGGGCUGCAUGUUGUGCCUGGGUCAGUCCACCUUCCUUCGCUUUAACCACCCAGCUGAAGCCAAGUGGAUGAAAAGCAUGAUUCCAGCAGGGGGCCGAGCCCCUGGGCCCCCCUACAGCCCUGUUCCUGCAGAAUCAGAAAGUCUGGUAAAUGGGAUCCACACCCCACAGCCUGCAACACGGGGACCCUCGGCCUGUGCCAGCCACAGUUCCCUGGUAAGCUCUAUUGAGAAGGACCUGCAAGAGAUCAUGGACUCACUGGUGCUAGAGGAGCCUGGAGCUGCUGGCAAGAAGCCUGCCACAACCUCUCCACUGUCGCCGAUGGCUAAUGGUGGGCGCUACCUGCUGUCUCCCCCAACCAGCCCUGGUGCCAUGUCUGUGGGCUCCAGCUAUGAGAACACCUCUCCAGCCUUCUCUCCACUCUCUUCACCAGCCAGCAGUGGAAGCUGUGCCAGUCACUCACCCAGUGGGCAAGAGCCAGGACCUUCUGUGCCCCCGCUGGUACCUGCCCGUUCCUCCAGCUACCAUCUGGCCCUGCAGCCCCCACAGUCCCGCCCAAGUGGUGCUCGCUCUGAGAGUCCUCGGCUGAGCAGGAAAGGGGGCCAUGAGAGGCCUCCCAGCCCUGGCCUCCGGGGUCUGCUAACAGACAGCCCUGCAGCUACUGUGUUGGCGGAGGCCCGGAGAGCCACUGAGAGCCCCCGGCUGGGUGGGCAGCUGCCUGUGGUGGCCAUCAGCCUGAGUGAAUACCCAGCUUCUGGUGCUCUCAGUCAACCCACCAGCAUUCCUGGCAGCCCUAAGUUCCAGCCUCCAGUCCCUGCUCCCCGAAACAAGAUUGGCACACUCCAGGACCGCCCUCCCAGCCCUUUCCGUGAGCCUCCAGGCAGUGAGCGGGUGCUAACAACUAGCCCCUCACGCCAACUAGUGGGCCGAACAUUUUCAGAUGGGUUAGCCACCCGUACCCUGCAGCCUCCUGAGAGUCCCCGCCUGGGCCGGCGGGGCCUGGACAGUAUGCGAGAACUACCCCCCUUAAGUCCAUCUCUGUCCCGGCGAGCCCUCUCCCCACUGCCCACCCGGACCACCCCAGAUCCCAAGCUAAGCAGGGAAGUGGCAGAGAGUCCUCGGCCCCGGCGCUGGGCAGCCCAUGGGGCUUCACCAGAGGACUUCUCCCUGACUCUGGGGGCACGGGGCCGUAGGACACGGAGCCCCUCACCCACACUGGGUGAGUCUCUGGCACCCCGCAAGGGCAGCUUCAGUGGCAGGCUGAGCCCAGCCUACAGUCUGGGCUCUCUUACUGGGGCUUCACCCUGCCAAAGUCCCUGUGUCCAGAGGAAGCUCUCCAGCGGGGACUUGCGGGUGCCUGUCACAAGGGAGCGGAAAAAUAGCAUCACAGAGAUCAGUGACAAUGAGGACGACCUCCUGGAGUACCACCGGCGACAGCGCCAAGAGCGGCUCCGGGAGCAGGAGAUGGAGAGGCUGGAACGCCAGCGCCUGGAGACCAUCCUGAACCUAUGUGCCGAAUACAGCCGGGCUGAUGGGGGAUCUGAGGCCGGGGAGCUCCCCAGCAUUGGGGAGGCCACCAUAGCAUUGGCACUGGCAGGCCGGAGGCCCUCACGAGGCCUUGUAGGGGCCUCUGGGCGGAGCAGCGAGGAGCCUGGAGUUGCCACCCAACGCCUGUGGGAGAGUAUGGAGCGCUCAGAUGAGGAAAAUCUCAAGGAGGAGUGCAGCAGCACUGAGAGCACCCAGCAGGAGCAUGAAGACACACCUAGCACCAAGCUCCAGGGAGAGGUGCUAGCCCUGGAAGAGGAGCGGGCUCAGGUGCUGGGGCGCGUGGAGCAGCUCAAGGUCCGUGUGAAGGAGCUAGAGCAGCAGCUGCAGGAGUCAGCCCGAGAGGCCGAAAUGGAGCGAGCACUGCUGCAGGGAGAGAGGGAGGCAGAGCGGGCACUGCUGCAGAAGGAGCAGAAGGCAGUGGAUCAACUGCAGGAGAAGCUGGUGGCCUUGGAGACAGGCAUCCAGAAGGAGAGGGACAAGGAGAGGGCGGAGCUGGCCGCGGGACGGAGGCACCUGGAGGCCCGCCAGGCGCUCUACGCCGAGCUCCAGACGCAGCUCGAUAACUGCCCCGAGUCAGUGCGGGAACAGUUACAGGAGCAGCUGAGAAGGGAGGCAGAGGCCCUGGAGACUGAGACAAAGCUCUUUGAGGACUUGGAGUUCCAGCAGUUGGAGCGGGAGAGCCGCGUGGAGGAGGAGCGUGAGCUGGCCGGUCAGGGGCUGCUCCGGAGCAAGGCUGAGCUGCUCCGCAGCAUCGCCAAGAGGAAGGAGCGCCUGGCCGUCCUGGACAGUCAGGCUGGGCAGAUCCGGGCUCAGGCCGUGCAAGAGUCAGAACGCCUGGCCCGGGACAAGAAUGCCUCCUUACAGCUGCUGCAAAAGGAGAAGGAGAAACUGACUGUGCUGGAAAGGAGAUACCACUCACUCACAGGGGGCAGGCCUUUCCCGAAGACUACGUCGACCCUCAAAGAGAUGGAGAAGCUGCUACUCCCUGCUGUAGACUUAGAGCAGUGGUACCAGGAGCUGAUGGCCGGGCUGGGGACUGGCCCCACUGCAGCCUCCCCUCACUCUUCUCCCCCGCCUCUGCCCGCCAAAGCUUCCCGUCAGCUGCAGGUUUACCGCUCCAAGAUGGAUGGCGAGGCCACCAGCCCCCUUCCCCGGACCCGCAGCGGCCCCCUCCCCUCCUCCUCUGGCUCUUCCUCCUCCUCCUCCCAGCUCAGCGUGGCUACCCUGGGGCGUAGCCCCUCCCCAAAGAGCGCUCUACUCACCCAGAAUGGCACGGGCAGCCUUCCUCGCAACCUGGCAGCCACGCUGCAGGACAUCGAGACCAAGCGCCAACUAGCUCUGCAACAGAAGGUCGAGUCGCUUCCCGCCGAGCCCCUCCCAACCGACGACCCAGCAGGACAACAGGUGAUUGAAGAGCAACGGCGGCGACUGGCUGAGCUGAAGCAGAAAGCGGCAGCUGAGGCACAGUGCCAGUGGGAUGCCCUGCACGGGGCAGCCCCCUUCCCAGCGGGCCCCUCGGGCUUCCCCACUCUCAUGCACCACUCUAUCCUACACCACCUGCCUGCGGGGCGGGAGCGUGGGGAGGAGGGUGAGCACGCCUACGAUACGCUGAGUCUGGAGAGCUCUGACAGCAUGGAGACCAGCAUCUCCACUGGGGGCAACUCGGCCUGCUCCCCUGACAACAUGUCCAGUGCGAGUGGUCUGGACAUGGGGAAGAUCGAGGAGAUGGAGAAGAUGCUGAAAGAGGCUCACGCAGAGAAGAACCGUCUCAUGGAGUCGAGGGAGCGGGAGAUGGAGCUGCGGCGGCAGGCCCUGGAGGAGGAGCGGCGGAGGCGUGAGCAGGUAGAACGGAGGCUACAGAGUGAGAGUGCCCGGAGGCAGCAGCUGGUGGAGAAGGAGGUCAAGAUGCGGGAGAAACAAUUUUCCCAGGCACGACCCCUGACCCGCUACCUGCCAAUCCGGAAGGAGGACUUUGACCUGAAGACACAUAUUGAGUCAUCAGGCCAUGGUGUUGAUACCUGCCUGCACGUGGUGCUCAGCAGCAAGGUCUGCCGUGGCUACUUAGUCAAGAUGGGCGGCAAGAUUAAAUCAUGGAAGAAGCGCUGGUUUGUCUUCGACCGGCUCAAGCGCACCCUUUCCUAUUAUGUGGACAAGCAUGAGACGAAGCUGAAGGGAGUCAUCUAUUUCCAGGCCAUUGAGGAAGUGUACUACGACCACCUACGCAGUGCAGCCAAGAGCCCGAACCCAGCCCUCACCUUCUGCGUGAAGACCCAUGACCGGCUGUACUACAUGGUGGCCCCAUCUGCAGAGGCCAUGCGCAUCUGGAUGGAUGUCAUCGUCACAGGGGCUGAGGGCUACACUCAGUUCAUGAACUAACUGCUGUGGGCCUCCUGGCAGAGCACAACGGAGGCUUUUGUAUAAGAAGACUUUAAUAUUCUAUAAAGAGCUUGGUCCUGUGAGUUUCUGGGCUCUGGCCUCCUGAAGAACCAGCCAGAAGAAGAAAAGUGGAGGUGGCUUUGCUGCCUCCUGGGAGCCCAGAACUUGCAGUAACCCUUUAGGGUCCUGCCCCGGGCCCAGCCAGGGCUGAGGAGCUGUUACAGAGAGGGCCUCAGCUCUGACCUGACACCUGCUCUCCCCAGCCUGUUUUCUUUUUUCUAAAAGACAAAUUAUGGUACCAUAAGCUGCCAAAGAUCCCCUCCUGCCUCAGACCCCUUUGCCAGGGGCUUUGGGGGCUGAGCAGAACCACAUCCAGAGUGGGGUAAUAGCUCAGGCAGCCCACUUCCCACUUCUCAAACCCCACUCUGCCCCAUUGUUCUCCUUUCCCAUAUCCUUUGUAUCACCUUGCUCAAGGGCCAGAGAUCUCAAGUGUCAUCCUUGAGGUCCCAGCUCCAUCCCGUAGUUGCAGACCCAUCACCAUGGUUACCAUAGCGACUGCUUCAUUGCCAUGGUUACAUACUAAUUGCUGCAGCUCUGUGGCCCAGCCCACUGCUUCAACUGUGGGCCAUCUGAGGGUACGUGCCAUCAUCUCUCCAGCCCAGGCCCCUGGGCAUCUCAUGCUGGGGGAAAGGGACUGAACACCUGUUCCCUGCCCCAUGCCUGUGUCUUCAGCCCUUAUGCACAGCCUGCCAGCCCCCCAGUCCAGCCCUCUCCCUUCCAUUGGUGCCUUGCUUAGAGCCAGAAGGGAUGAAGCCGGGGGAUCUAGGAAACAGAGGAGGAGCGAUGCGGUUGGGAGGGGAAGCUAGAAAGGUUAUAGUUGGAGUUCUGUACAGGGUCGAGUUUCCGACAGGGAAAGAGGAUUCCUCCGAUGCUCCUAGAGGGAAAGCCUGAGCAGGAGAUGAUGCAGCAGAGGGGAAGGGCCCUGUGGUGCCACUGCCCUUCCUUCAGCCUCCGAAGGGCGAUGGAAAUGGAGAGUGGAGGACCAGGCCUCCAGCUGUCCGGCCUCGCCCUUCACGCCUUAACACAAAGCCCACCUCCCCUUCUCUCCUUCCCAGCAUUAAGCCCUUGAUUGCGUGGGCCCAGGCUGGGGGUUUUCAGUAUUUGUAAGCAUUUCAGCAGAACAAUAAAGCCUUUGGACUACG